UUCUACUACCAAAAUUUUGUCAAUACAUGGAUCUAGACCAAAGCAGGGAAUAAGCUUGAAAACUUUCUUCACUGUCAAAUGAUAUGAAUCAACUUCUGAAGCAACAAUUAAGUGCUAAAUGAAAUAACUACUUUUUCUACCAAACCCCCCCACUGCCAAUAAUUUACCAUUUUGUUCACCUCACAACAUGCAUCCCUUUAUUCUAAUAGCCUCAUAGUUAUUUUCAUCGCAUUUUGUUGAGCAACCGCACGGAAUUGACGGGAACUUUAGCUGCGCAGAGUAUUUUUCGCCACCGCCACUCGCGCCAAACGGUCCAUAGCUCUCAGUUUAGCUCGCGAGCCGUCUUCUUUUUUCACGUGACUCGUGGCUUCGUCUGUGUUUGGAGUGCGUACCUUUGGUAGGAUCCUUGCGAGAUCAAUCCCGGUCAUUGGUCUUUGCCGCACGGUUAGGGGGCUUGAGAAAGUGACGUGGUGGUACAGUUGAGACUCAUCAUGAAUCAAGGCUUCGCUAACACCCGAGUAAACAGCCCCGAGAUACAGGGUUACAUUCGGAAGCUCUUUUAGCUGUUGGAGAUCACGGUCCUCCGAGCAAGCUCACACUCGUCUUUCGUUCAUGCCCGGUCUGGUCUACCCACGAUUCAGCCCGGGGGCUUUGGCUCAAGCAGGGGCCAUAACAAGGGCAACUACCUUGGAAGAAUAUUUAGGCUCCCUCUGAUGGAGAGGACCCUGAUGGAAAAGAGGUGUCAGAACGGUAGCCAAGAUAGUCGAGAAGCAGAGCAAAGACAUUCGACUGCUCGGGAGUGAAAUGGAAUGGCCGGUGAUGCUGGGAGUUGGUGGCGGAUGAACCGCGGCGUUCGUCUGAUCGAACGAACGAAAGGAGGAAAGAGACACACGGACAAGUCGCUUGUGUUUGAUCGGCUGUGAAUGUGGAUUGGAGCAGAUCACACAGGUAAAGGGGGCGAAGGGAAUCCAUGAUGGGUAGGUACGGAGAAGCACGAGUGUAAGGAGGUAGUCAAUUCAGUUUGCAAGUGACCUUUGGACAAUCCGCAAGUUCGUUCCGUCUGGAUCGUGGUCACCCAUCGCAUUGACGCACACCAGUUUUCAUGUAAAAAAUUAUGAGCAAGAUGCCACCCAUUGUCGCUGCACCCAUCCCGCUUCCGGCCUCAUCUACAUCCUCGAAUUUUGCGGCCCAUCUUCGGGAUAUGUACUCGGGAGGCUCCGGGAUGGGUUUGGGCCCCAACCCGGCGCAUCCGGACUUGGCCUCGCAACUCUCAACCCUCUCGGCCUUGUCGGCUCAACAUCGGCAGCUCAUGGAACUUCAGCAACGAUACUUGAAUGCUAGUCGAAUGAAUGGAGGGGGACCGCCUAUGCCUCAUCCACCCAAUCAAGGACCCACCAUCCUGCCUCCAUCUGCCCGACUUUCAACAUCGCCAGGAUCUCAAGGCAGACCACCGGGUAUGAUUGGAGGCUCCAAACCCAAAGUGGCCACACCCGAAGUUGUGGGCAAGAUCGAAUCGUACAAACGGGAAAACCCGACCAUCUUUGCUUGGGAGAUCCGAGAGAAACUCAUCGCUGAAGGUGUGUGCACAAACAGUACAGCGCCAAGUGUGUCGAGCAUUAAUCGCAUCCUUCGGAAUCGGGCAGCUGAGCGGGCAGCAGCCGAGUUUGCCCGGGCAGCCGGAUACGCAGGGAUGUACUCCCCCUACGCUUCCAUUCCCUCCCAUUACUAUUCUCCGGCCUUGAUCUCGCAAAUAGCCGCCAAUUCCUCGAACCCAUCUCAAGCUGCAGCUUUGUUAGCCGCGUCGGCGUCAGUGGGCGGGGCCGUGCCACCUUCGUCAAUGCCCAUGAUGCACAAGGAUGACAUCCGUCGUUCUAGUCCAAAGAUGGUCGAGUAUGACCACAAGUCUGAGGCGGGUAGUUGUUCCGACGACGAACGCCCUCAAUUCCGUCGCAGCCGAACCUCCUUUAGUCCUGAUCAAUUGGAGCACCUUGAGAAAGAGUUCGAAAGGAGCCAUUAUCCCGAUCUCAAGACUCGCGAGGCCCUCUCGGCCAAGACUACUCUCUCCGAAGCUCGGAUCCAGGUUUGGUUCUCAAAUAGGCGAGCCAAGUGGAGAAGGCACCAUCGAAUGAGCCUCUUCCGCCCCUACGAAAUGGGCUCAAGCCUGAUGAACCAGGACCAGAAGGAAAGAAGGACUCCAGUCCCGAGGGCGGAAAGCCCGGUGGGAGACACUUCCGACCCUGGAUCUCCGGCACCGAGCCCUCCCCACCCUCUCCGUCCCACACCCACAACAAUGUCAUUAACAACAACAACAAUGAACCCAACCCAUGGACUCGGAAGUCUCCACCAACCUCUGUUGACCCAUCCGCAGUCGCUCGGUUUCGAUUUCAUCCGUACAAAGCUCCUCAAAGCUCGUGAAGAAGCAGAGAAACAAGCAAUGGCAGCUGCUUUUGCCGCCAACGCUGCUUUGAGGCUGACCGACACUUACGAGGUCAAAAGCGCAAACGAACCCAACAAAGAAAAAGAAGAAGAAGACCAGGAGGAGGAGGAAGAUGAGAUAUCGGUCGAGGAUGAUUAGAUUGUUGUUCCACAGUCGCCCUCCAACAACUAAACUCACUUGUAUACUAUUUUUGUCCAGCACCAUCAAUUCAAUAAUUGUUUUUGCCCACGAUUAUAAUUGAACAUUUGUUUAGAUUGGCAAAAAACUCUACCAAAGACAUGUUAUUUCACACUCCAAGAGAAUGAAAUAUAGAUAAUACACCGUU